CGUUGAGUGGGAAAAUCCCUGGUGCUGAGCUCUGCGCCUGAAGGAAAAGCCGCGCGUUGCGUCACGCGAGCUGAUCAGGUUUCUCAAGCGUUCUAAAAAUACGAAUUAGCGAAAAUUUUCGUCAAAAUCCACCGCCUCUGCCCACACUCGCCGUCGUGCGCAACCGAUAAAAGUGUCCAAUUGAACGUUUUUAUUUAAUUUUCGCCGUAUUUCCUCCGAGACACCCGCCAUCGUUUGUCCGGGACGACCAGAGGGACGUGCAGAUAGUCAGUGUAUUCCUGUGCAUAUUGUCAAAGCAACGAGUUCUCCGCCCCACUCUUCAGUGUGUGUCCCCAGCCACCCGCCGUUCUGUUAUCAGUGCAUCGUUUGCUGGCAGCAAGAGUGUUGUGUGUGAGAGAAGUUCUAUAUUGUAGCAAAACGAAAGUGGGAAGUAGCCAGCAAAAAACUACGAUCGACUCCGGCUUAAGGCCCAUUAGGAAUACAACACACACGAUCAUCCCCAGCCUCGAGACUUUGGCGCAAGAUUCAUUGAGAAGAAAAUCAACUUGGUGCACAUCACAGCGGAAUUCAAGAUCAGCAAAUGGCCCAAUUAGUCACUGUCCGACUCAACAGGGGUGAUGCCCAGCCGUGGGGCUUCCGGCUGCAGGGUGGCAAGGAUUUCGGAACGCCACUUGUCGUGCAGAAGGUGGCCGGCGGAAGCAUAGCCGCAAAUGCAGGACUGUCAGCCGGCGAUGCCGUGAUUAAAGUGAACGGCCUGGAAGUGUACAAUCUGCGCCACAAGGAUGCCCAGGACGCCGUGGUGCGCGGCGGCAACAACUUCGAGAUCACCGUGCAACGCGGCGGAUCCACGUGGAGGCCUGCCGUGACGCCCACUGGCAGUCUGCCAUCACCCACGAUCGCGCCCGGCGGCAUGGCGCCUGUCACGCGCACCUCCUUGGCCGCCAAGCCGCAGGAGGUUCAGCAGUUCGGCAGUGGCUUCAACAGCGCCGCUCGUCCCUUCGCCGUAAGUCCGCCUCGAGAUCAAGAGGAUCGCAAGGAGUCUCAGUGUUCUCUCGCGCAGGUCAAUGGCAGCGAGGGUGUGAAGAGCAUCGUGAACAAGCAGUACAACACCCCGGUGGGCAUCUACAGCGACGAGUCCAUUGCGGAGACGCUGUCGGCCCAGGCGGAAGUGCUGGCUGGCGGAGUGCUCGGGGUGAACUUCAAGAAGAACGAGAAGAUCUACAACUCUGCCAACUCGGAGGUGUUCAAAAUGCUGCAGGAGGCGGAAAAUGACCCGAAUGAACCAGAAGAGUCCUCAACAUUCAGUCCCACACCAUAUCAGUCAUCCAAUCAGCAGCUCUCGCCAGUUGGCGGUGUCACCAAGCAUGUGACGGCUCCCGUGGCCCAGGCCAAACCUCCCGGAACGGGCGGUUUGCCAGCCGGCCAGAACAUUUGCGCCGAGUGCGAGCGCCUCAUUGUAGGCGUUUUUGUGAGGAUCAAGGAAAAAAAUUUGCACGUUGACUGCUUCAAGUGUGCCACAUGUGGCACACCGCUGAAGAAUCAGGGCUAUUUCAACAUUAACAAUAAACUCUAUUGUGAUAUCCAUGCGAAAUUGGCCGCCAUCAAUAAUCCACCGCCCGGCACGGAAGGAUACUUGCCUGUGCCAAUUAAGCCGAAUACAAAAUUGAGUGCCAGCACCAUUUCUGCUGCUCUCACAACGCACCACGGAGCGAAUGCUGGAGUCACGAAUGGGGCUUCUCUCGGGUCGCCGCUGCCGGCGGCCAACAAUACUAAUUUAACUUGUGCGACCAAUUUUGCAUCAAAUAGCUGUGUGUUGCCCCAAGCAUUGAGUUCAUGUGAGUCGACACCGAAGAAAUUGUCGCCCAUGGCGUCAGUUGGGGUGUCCCCGAUUCACUCAAGGCAAGGCAGUGAUCUCGGGAGCGCCAAGAGUGACAGUGAUAUCAAUCACAAGAAUGUCUGCAGCACUCUCGAUGCGGACACUCCUGGCAGAUCGUACCUCGAGACGAGCUUCCCUGGCACUCACGCUGGGAAUGAUGUAACGGACGAGGCGCCCAAAGUCAAUGGGUUUCCCCAUGGGGAUUUUCACUACAAGACCCUCAGCGGAAGUGUCAUCCGGAGUGUCCAUGCUCCGGGUAAAGGCAAGAGCAUCAGCUACAAACUGAACACGAACAUCAGUGGGCCGAAGCCAUUCGGAUCGGGUCCGCUGUCGCCGCCAAGCGCCGGCCCCAAGAGCCCUUCAAUCUAUCCGCCGCCCACGAAUACCGCGGCGUGGACCGCGCCAAAGCCGGUGCCGACGUUUGAGGCGCCCAAAGCCGCUCCAUUUGGCUCGGCCACCCUUCCUCGCGCCACUGUCGGAUCAACUGCUCCAGACUUGGGACCAGAGGGAGUGCAAACGGAUGACGGUGGCGAGCACUUCAUGUGGCCGCCAGCGAGCGCUGUGGCGGAAAGCGCCCCAACGGCGACGCCUCUCUACGUUCCGCCGCCUGGCACGCAGCACGUCAUCGUGAAACCCAUGGUUGAGAAGCAGAGCCACUCGGCGCCCGACCUCAGCUAUGGCCAGACGGAGCUGUCCAGGAUAGCGGAAGUUGUAGAGAUGGAGAGCGGAUCCGAGAGUUACACUUCGACCAGCGCAACCACGACGACAUCCGAAGAGAUGGCGCACCGAAUGUUCCACACCCAGACCUCAGUGCCCAGCUAUACUGUCUAUGAAAGCGCAGAUUCCGAUGCCAAUGAGACGGAUUACGCGAUGAUGCAGCAUCACAAGCAGAGCAUCUGCUCUGCCGAAGUGUCCUCCUUCGUGUCUGAGACUCGCGGAGCGCAGUACUUGGCUGAUACGCUGGACACAACGUGUCUGGUGGAGAGGAUGCGCUCCUUGACGCCCAGACCUCCAUCGCCUCCGCCAAUAAAGCCAGCCAAGCAUGUUGAGUUCUCAAUUCCGACCGAGGAAGCGGCGCCAGCAGAGGUGCACGAAGUCCAGGAAGUGACGCAAGUGCAAGAGAGUGAAGAGAGCCAAAACAUCCAGCAAAUCUCUGCUGAAGCCACUCAAAUAGAGGAGCAAUCGACCCAAUUCCAGCCCAUUGAAGUCCCUGAAUCCAAGCCCCUGCCCCAGUCGGGUGUGACGAAUACUGUGCCACAAGAGUGGGAGAGCGCCAUGGUGAAGGCUCUGAAAACAGCCCCUGAAACUCCCUAUCACAUCACAAGUGUCCAGCAAGAAUGCGUUGAGGAGAAGUGCGAAAGAGUGGAUGCUUCUCAAAGCACCUCCACGACCACAUUCAAGAGUGUUGAGCUUCCGCAGUUGGAUGUGUUGGUUGAGAAGCCAGCGGAAGGCACUAUCAUGUCGUCCUUGCUCACGACUGUGCCGACAAAGAGUGUGAAGUUCGAGCCAAAGGUGACCAUGGAGCCAAUUCCCUUGCCUGAAGAGACCAAGCCAUACUUCCCGCCGCCGAUUGACAUGAAAUUCGUGGCGGACGACACGAUUCCGGGAAGGAAGUCGGGAAUGUUGGAGGCACUGAUCACAGCGCCGGAUCGUCCAUAUUCUCCGUUCGCGCAUGACGUCUCCUAUCAAUUGGAGGAUCUUCCGCGGCCCACGGAGAAGAUGACGCUAAGGACGGCUCUGACAGUGGCUCCCGACCGACCCUUCACUCCGGUUCUCUUUGACUCGAACGGCCUGGCUCAUCCCAAGGACGUCAUCUGCUCCACAUCUCUCGAGAGCGUUCAGACCUCCGAACAGAAGUCCAGCCAAUUGAGCACAAGUCAGACGAGCGCCUUCCAAUCCGUCAAGACCUCAAGCCAUGCGUCUCAGUUCUCCGCCUCGCAGUCCUGUCGCCAGGAGUGCCGGGAGACUGUCUGCCAUGCCAUGUCGGCGGAAGAGAAAACAGAAGCCCGUCGCUUGGUGGACUCAGCAGCUGUGGUCCUUGAACAAGAUGGCAUCGAGAGUCGUGCUGCGGACGUGCCCACGGCACCCCAGACCGCGUCCCCCGCGCCCCAUCCGCGCCCCUUCACUCCCUCGCUCAUAAACAAGCCCGCGCCCAUUAUUCCCUACUACCAGCAGAACCUGGCCGUGUCCGAGUGCGAUCCUCACUUGGGCGAGAUCUUCGACCCCAAGCUACGCUCCCCGUCGCCCUGUCUGCGGGAGAAGAGCCCCGCGCAGGGCCCCCCGCCCAAUCCCCUGCGCAUGCAAGCGCCCCGCUUGCGCGAAUCCGGGCAGCUCGGCGCGUUCUCAAGUGCCCAGGUGCAGGCACAGAGCGUGUUCCAGCAGAAGCCCGAGGCGCUGGAGUGCCAGAGAAUCGGUGACACACUCCAGCAGACCCGCACGAAUGAGGCCUCCCUCAGUCGCUCGCUGCACGCGGCGCAGGAGAGCGCCAGCGCCACGCAGGUCGGCAACACCCUCGUGCAGAAGCGCUCGCGCGUGGUGGAGGAAUUCGAGCGCACGCAGACCGCCAAGACGGUGGAGAUCCGCACCGGCGGCGCAGGUGAGGUCGUGUCGAAGAUCACGGAGGACGAGAUGCCGCCCAAGGGCAUCGUGGCGAGUCAGACGCGGCGCUUCUCGCAGGAGGGCGUGCAGCCCAAAGUGACCUUUCCGGCAAGUAUCCCUCUGGCGCCCAUGCACUUUCCUGUAGCCGGCGCUAACACGGUGGCUCCGCCGCCGGGCUUCAAUUUCACCUCCUCUAACGCAUCAGCAUUCGCAUCCAAGACAUCUUCGCAGCUGACUUUUGGCGCCAAGAGCAAUGCUUUCACUAACACAGAUGCCCAGCCGCCGGCUCCGCCGACUAACAACCCCAGUUCUGCCAUGAGUGACCCCUCCCCUGAUGCCAGUGCAGGUCCGAGAGGGGGUGCCGCCGGAGUGACCUCUGCGCCGAAGCGCGGCCGCGGCGUGCUCAACAAGGCCGUGGCCCCGGGCGGCCGGAUCCCGCAGUGCGGCUGCUGCAGCCAGCAUAUCAGGGGUCCUUUUAUCACGGCGCUGGGCCGCAUUUGGUGCCCGGAUCACUUCAUUUGCGUGAACGCUGACUGCCGUCGUCCUCUGGCGGACAUCGGCUUCGUGGAGGAGAAGGGCAAUCUCUAUUGCGAGUACUGCUUCGAGAAGUACAUCGCUCCGGCUUGCAGUAAAUGCAGCGCCAAGAUUAAGGGCGACUGUCUCAAUGCCAUUGGCAAGCACUUCCAUCCGGAGUGCUUCACGUGCGCCUACUGUGGCAAGCUGUUUGGCAACAGUCCGUUCUUCCUGGAGGAGGGAAAUCCCUACUGCGAGGCGGACUGGAAUGAAUUGUUCACGACCAAGUGCUUCGCCUGUGGCUUCCCCGUGGAGGCUGGCGACAGAUGGGUGGAAGCCCUGUCCCACAAUUACCACAGUCAGUGCUUCAACUGCACCACUUGCAAGAAGAACCUCGAGGGCCAGAGCUUCUUCGCCAAGGGUGGCCGCCCUUACUGCAAAAAUCACGCUCGCUAAACACGCCAUGCCGCCACACUGGGGGGAGAGAUUGUCUUUUCCCGCUCUGGAAAACAAGCAAAAAAAAACCCAUCUUAGCCAAUGCACCCGAGAGAGUCACGCGAAACGUUUCAAUUGCCGCAGCCGAGACACUCGCUCUCAGAGCAACUUUUAGUACAUAUAAAUCAACAUUGAGGAGAAUGAACAAAACCACGAAUAAUUUGAUAAUUUGCUUUGUACAAUAUAUACUAUUUAAAUGAGAUGCAGCGCCAAUGAGAAUGGAAUUCAUCAUUUUACCGUAGGUGUAAUUGUUUUAAGUGAGAAAACAAGCAUAUUUUACAUAAUUAUUUUAAUCAAAAAAAGAGAUGAAAUUUACAUUAUAAUCUUUCAAUUGACUAAAGGAUGUAUUUAUGAUUUUACAUAGUGACUAUAUUUGUGUAGAAAUAAUUGCCGAAAGGGGCGAUCAGAAAAGAUAAUUUCACAGAUUUCCACGUGAAGUGGUGUGAUAGGAAAUAAGUAAAGAGAAAGAAAUUGGAUGCAGGACAAAAAUCAUCGUGGAAGAACAGAGAGAAAUCAAUAUUUAUCCAGUAAAACUUUUUGUUCACUUCUUCUUCUGUUACAUACAAUAUAUUUGUGUAAAUGAAAUUUGUAAUUUGUGUGAAGAAUAAAGGACUAUAUAUGAUA